AUGAACAUCAAUUCAGAACAAAUGGCUUCUAACGGAUUAUUAUUCAUUUCUAAUGCAGCAAAAACCUAUAGAUUGUGUUUGAAAUCAUCAAGAUUGGUAAAAAAUAUUCUUUAUGUAAAGUAUGUGGGAGCAGAGAACAACUUAUCAAUAAUAAACAAGCAGAUAGUUGAUGUUUACUCACAGACUGCAAUAAAAGCUCCCAAUUUAGAUAUAAGAUUAAUGUUAAAACCUAUGGAAGGUGUCCAGACAAUCAAUACGAAUCAUGUCAUUGACUUAAUUCUAUGUGAUAGUAGUAUAGUGAAUGAGGAUUUAAAGAAAUCUGUGAUAAAUGUAAAGAAAGGAUGUCAAUUACAAAAUAUUGAUGGUGAAGAAAAUAAUGGAAAAGCAGCAGAGGAAGAUGUGAAAACCUAUGAAUAUGUAGCCCUAGGUGGCACCUUUGACCGUUUGCACAAUGGUCACAAAAUACUUCUGUCACAAGCUGCCUUAAGAUCAACCAAACAUGUAACAGUUGGAGUUACUGAUGUUAAUAUGAUUCAAUCAAAACUACUAUGGGAGUUAAUUGAACCAGUUGAAGAAAGGGUUGAAGCUGUCAAAGAUUUCCUAACUGACGUCAAGCCUGAUCUGGAAUACAACGUGCUGCCUAUUCAAGAUCUUUAUGGUCCAACGAAGGAUGAUCCCAGAUUUCAGAUGAUCGUACUAAGUGAAGAAACACAAAAAGGUGGUGUGAAAAUUAAUGAGAAAAGAAAAGAGAAUGGUCUACAACAGUUAGAUAUGCACAUAAUUGCUCUUGCUCGUGAUGAAGAGCAUUCUGCCGAAGAAGAAGAAAAAUUGAGCUCUAGCAACACCAGGAUGAGGUUACUUGGUACCUUGAUUCGACCACCUCAGCCAAAUCCAAACAUUCCAGAUUCACCAUAUGUCAUCGGUCUUACCGGCGGGAUUGCUAGUGGUAAAACUAAUAUUACUGAAAAGCUCAAACAAAAGGGAGCUGCUGUAGUGAAUUGUGAUCUUAUUGCGCACGAGUUGUACAAGCCAGACAUGCCGUUGAACAGAACUCUAGCAGCAACAUUUGGCAAUGACAUUAUCACUGAGGCCGGGGAAGUGGAUAGAAGGAAGUUAGGUCAGAUUGUUUUUAGUGAUAAGAAUCAAUUGGAUAAGCUGAAUAAAACGGUGUGGCCAUUCAUAAUCGAAGAGGCUCGCAAUAGAAUCAAACUACUAGGAGAGCAGGGCUACAAGGUAGUGGUCAUGGAAGCAGCUGUAAUGGUUCGAGCCAAGUGGUUCCUCAACUGCCACCAGUUAUGGGCCGUCAUAGUUCCGCCGAAAGAGGCUAUACGGCGAAUACAAGAGAGGAACAACCUAACCGAGGAGGAAGCGAGACAGCGAGUGGAUGCUCAGCCCACCAACGCGGAGCAGGUGGCGCAAGCGAACGUGGUCUUCAGCCCAUACAGAAGUUACGAAUUUACGCAGCAACAGAUCGAUCGGGCCUGGGCGCAGUUGCAGCGGUAUCUCCAAUAA